CGGCAAUCGGCUCGCGCCUGGGAACACUGCAGCAGCCAGCGGGGACACGCGCUGAGAAAUAACGGAUUCAUAACGGCGCCGAAUCCCCGAAGGAGGAGAGGAGAGGAGAGACAGAGAGAUGGCUGCGAUCCGCAAGAAGCUUGUCAUCGUGGGUGAUGGUGCGUGUGGGAAGACAUGUCUCCUUAUCGUCUUCAGUAAAGACCAGUUCCCAGAAGUCUACGUUCCCACCGUCUUCGAAAACUACAUAGCAGACAUAGAAGUGGACAGCAAACAGGUGGAGUUGGCGUUGUGGGAUACAGCCGGUCAGGAGGACUACGAUCGCUUGCGGCCGCUCUCGUACCCGGACACAGACGUCAUCCUCAUGUGCUUCUCAAUCGACAGCCCCGACAGCCUUGAGAAUAUUCCGGACAAGUGGACUCCGGAAGUCAAGCACUUCUGUCCCAACGUUCCGAUCAUCCUCGUCGGGAACAAGAAGGAUCUACGGAACGACGAACACACGCGACGAGAACUCGCCAAGAUGAAACAGGAGCCCGUUAAGCCUGAGGAGGCUCGUGACAUGGCCAAUCGGAUCAGCGCGUUCGGCUACCUGGAGUGCUCUGCCAAGACCAAGGACGGCGUGCGCGAAGUAUUCGAAAUGGCCACUAGAGCGGCGCUACAAGCACGGAAACGCAACAAGACCAGAAUACGCUGCACACUGCUCUGAGAAACACACACACACACACACACACACACACACACACACACACACAAACACACACACACACACACAUACACUCAGACACACAUAAGGCCAGAAUACGCUACACCCUGCUUUGAAACACACACACACACACACACACACACACAAAUGCAGGCGCAUAUUGUUCCCUACUACUACCCUCUUUUCACAUUUACAGACACGAAAACACAUUCACACGUGGCACGCAUACCUACACACACACACACACACACACACACACACACACAGUGAGCGUCACUUAAUUAUCUCCUGUUUUGUGCAUUUCAUCAAAGUCAGAGACUGUGAAAAGAAGUUUAUUACUUCAAUAGUUCAUUCCGUUUCUUUUCUUUCCUCCUAUUUCAUUCUAUAUAUCUGAGCAUGUAACAUUGUUGACAUGUACAUCAGUGUACUCUUAUGGAGGACUAGGGGGGGUAUUCCAAGAACCUGGCUUAGUAGUACACCAGGUUAAAUUGACCUUGAGGUAAUGGUGAAUCACCUAAUACAAGAGCCAGGAGUCGUGGCACCUGUCAUGGUGCCCGAAAGGGAGCAGUGUGGUGGGACGGUACCAUGCCCAGGGUACCUCAGUCAUGGAGGAGGAUGACACCUAAUGCCUCUUUUCCACUGCUGUUUGUGUGGUAGGCCUACAGCUCAACAUAGCACGACUCAGCCACCACUUUUUGCUUCACGAUUAAGCUGUGCGGUGCAUAUUCGAAAAGCAGAAAGUGGUGGCUGUGUCACGCUGUGGACCUACCAGAAAACCAGCAGUGGAAAAGAGGUAUAAAUGACACAUGUGGACUAUCUAUUACAGUAUUUCUCAAUUGGUUUUGUACAUUUCUCGAAUCUCUCUCGCAAUUUGCAAAACAUAACAUUUAUUCUCAAAACAGCUUUAACAAAUGGCAAAACACCGUGGAUAACCUGCAAAACCGAGUCUCUUGCUCAAAACCCUUAGUUUGUCUUUCAAAACCAAGUUUUUGUGUCAAUGAACGUAUCAGCGCCAGCAGAAUGGUUAGUCAUUGUGUCAUAGUGUAUGGACAAGCUAGUCAAAUCAAUUUCUCAUGUUGUCAAUUGAAUAGUACACUCUUGAGGAUCUUUUCUGAAGCGAAAUGUUGUUUAGAUUGGAUGGGAAAUGUUGUAAAUUUGGCUUUAUAUUACAUUGCUCAGAUAAGAUUGACAUAGUUGCAUGCAUUCAGUGACAAAGCUUUUUGAGUGAUAUGACAAAAGCAAUUGAUAAUGUACGAAAUCACUGAGAAUUGUACACAGCCAUGGCAUGGUGAACGAGAGCAUUUGCUAUAUGCCGAAAACAAUGAGAAACUGAUUUGACCAUGUGCACAGGUAACACCAGGAAGUCACAAUUGAACAAAGACUUUUGGGAAUCAUUAUUCUGUUGUGAGAAAUGUACAAAACCAAUUGAGAAAAACUGUAGCAGGUUUACCACUUCCUGUAGGUCAGUGAUUCUCAAAGUGUGGUCCGGGGACCACUGGUGGUCCGCGACAGUGUUCAGGUGGUCCGCGAGGGGAUUUCUACUUUUCCAAGACUAGCUAGGAGUAAGCUAUAUUUGUAACAUAAUUACAAAACUAAACAUAGCUGAAGUAUUAUUUUAACCACAAAAAUGCAGUCUUAUGUGAAUAUAAUGUGAAUAUAUUGCAUCGUGAAUAUAUUGUGAAUAUAUUGCAUCGAAAUGAGCAGUGUCAAAUAAGCACCCCUCAACUGUCAAUUCAGUUGACAGGUGGUCCCUGAAUAUUUUUUGGGGGGGCAAAUUGGUCCUCGGCCUGAAAAAGUUUGAGAAACACUGCUGUAGGUCAACUUAGCCAGGUGGAUAACUACGUAAACCUACAAAGGCAAAGUGCAGAAACUACACCUUCAUUGAAACCGAGAAAAAAUGUCUAAGUAUUGGUAUUGGGUUGGAUAUUGUAGUUACUGCAAAUUUGACAUAGCGAUAUUUCUAAAAUGGGACCCAUAUGGCUUUGUCACAAGAUAAUAAAAGAGGUGUUAUGAAGACCAUUUGCAGUCUAAAC